CAGUCUGCUGGAUACCAGAGAGUGGGAGCGAGUGAGAGAGGCGAGCCUUUGAAUCUCUGCGGUGCAGAGCUGGAAAAGCUGCUUCUCAGCGAAAAUCAGACGCCCUAUUUACUCUGCUUAUUUGCUCCUAUUAUUUUCCUGGAGAAAAAAAAGGGACUUACAACCAAGAAGUUGCAACGAGGACUGGUGCCCGUCUCAGCGAACAAACGUGGUAUUUCUUUUUUAUAAUUAUUAUUUAUGUAGAUUUUUUUUGUGUGUGUGAAUACACUUCUACUGAAGGGACUGAGGUUUUUACUUUUGCACUGAGACGCACUGCUUUCUACCUCCUGCCUGGUCUCUCUGCCAGAUUAUCCCAGCAGAAGUAGGCUAUAUGACGCAAAUCGUGUGCAGAGCAUUAGUCUGAAAGUUUUCCUCCACUACUUUUUUUUUUUCGUUUUCCUUUUUUUUUUUUUUUUUUUUUUUCUUUCCACCAAUCACACGGUGUUUCAUGCUACAGCAAGUCAGUGCACAGCGCUGGAGGAGCCAAAAGAACUAUUGCAUGAAACAAGAAAGGAGGGAAGAGACGCUGGUUAAUAAGUCAGUUUUUGCGACGCUUGCAAGUACCUUUGCAUAUCUGCAAAAGAGUCGCGACAGCAACAUGAGUACAGAGCUGAGCAUGGGUCCGGAGCUACCCAGCAGCCCUCUGGCUCUGGAAUAUGUCAAUGAUUUUGACCUGAUGAAGUUUGACGUGAAGAAGGAAGGCCUGGCCGGGCUGGAGCGCAACGGGGUGCGCCAGUGUAACCGCCUCCAACCCCAAGGUUCUGUGUCGUCCACCCCCAUCAGUACACCCUGCAGCUCGGUGCCCUCUUCACCCAGCUUCAGCCCCACAGAGCAGAAAAACCACCUAGAGGAGCUGUACUGGAUGCCGAACAGCGGGUACCACCAGCAGAUAGACCCGCAAACGCUAAGCCUGACCCCAGAGGACGCGGUGGAGGCCCUGAUUGGAGCCACAGCUCACGGCCACCCUCCGCCUCCGCAUGUGCAACAGCAGCUGCAGCAGCAAGGCGCUUUCGAGGGCUACAGGGGCCCGCAUCACCACCACAACCACCACGGCCACGGCCAGCAGCACCAUCACCCAUACGCGGGGGGCAUCCCACACCACGCCGACGAACUGUCCGGGCACCCGGGCGGACACAACCACCCACACAGCCAGCAUCACCAUCACCACAGCCAGGACCCUGACAGCCCGUCCCCGGUCUCCCCAGACUCCCAUCAGCCGCUCCAUCACCACCGCCACCACCAUCACCACCAUCCGCACGGCCACCUGAGCCAGUCGGCGGGGCACCACAGCUCCGGGGGCGGGCUCAACGUGGAGGACCGCUUCUCCGACGAGCAGCUGGUGUCCAUGUCGGUGAGGGAGCUCAACAGACACCUACGGGGCUUCACCAAGGACGAGGUCAUCCGCCUCAAGCAGAAGAGGAGGACCCUGAAGAACCGGGGCUACGCGCAGUCCUGCAGGUUCAAGCGGGUGCAGCAGAAGCACGUGCUGGAGAACGAGAAGACGCAGCUGAUGAACCAGGUGGAGCAGCUGAAGGCGGAGAUCAGCCGCCUGGCGCGGGAGAGGGACGCCUACAAACUCAAGUGUGAGAAACUGACGGGGUCGGGGGCCAGUAACGGGUUCCGCGAGGCUGGCUCGACCAGUGACAACCCUUCAUCACCAGAGUUUUUCAUUGAUGUUUUCUGCUGGGAGGGAAACAAGGAGAUAUUGAGGGCGAGGUUCAUGACACAGCUGAGGUGAGUGGAGGAGGAAAAGUGGCCUCGCAGCAGUUAAGGGUACUGGGACAGUGGAUGUUCAGUAUGGGCUGGUGCCCUCCACGGGGGAGCUGAGGAAGGACACCUCUCUACCCUGCAUUCUGCACCUGAGUCUGGCAGGCAGCCAUUCCCCGCGCUUCCCCGUUUCACCCCGCGCUAUCCCUCCGCUGCUCAACAGCACCUCAGCAUCCCUCAGUCGUGAGUCUCGGAGCUGUCAGCAGCGCCAUCAUUCACAGGCUGGGAUACACAGUCGAGCCGGGGAGGCCCACUUACUCUGUUUGCCUGAAUAAUACUGUAUUAUCAAGGAGAUUGGAUGGAUGAUUGCGAUUGCCUUUCAAUGAAUAGAUAAUAAAACUAGCUUGCAUGCUUAAAAAAGAUUGAGAGAGAACUCCUUCAUUUACACUGUUACGGCCGCCACUCUGGCCAUUUUUGUUGUUUAAUUUCCCUGUCUGCCAGGCUCCCUGCCGAGCUGCCUGCUGCGUCCACCCAGAUGCUCCACCCUCUCUGGCCUGAUUGGUGCCGUUUGUUUGCAGCCGGCCAAUCCCUGCCGCCCAAUCAGGAACCCCGGAUAUAAAACUCCAGCCCGCCUGUCAGUCGAGGCAGCUGACUGUUAGUGGCAGCUCGCCUCUUUGUUGAGAGAACAUUUGUCUGGUUUGAACUGUAAAAUAGCAGAUAUUCGUAGCUUGUUUUGUGACUGCUUUGUUUUGUUUGGUUUUACCCAUGGUAAUCUUUGAAGCCUGGAAGUGGGGUCAGGUUUAGGAUUUACUGUCAUACUGAUUUUGCUGAUUCCUCCUCUUGUAGUAUUUAUUUUGUUAGAGACACUAGGUGAAGGGGUGCUGUUCCCGGCGUGUUUUUGGUUUUUAGUCAGCCUUGGUAGUUAGUAUUGUUUUUCCUUUUACUUUGAGUUAGGUAAAUGAUUUCACCUGUCAGCUCCUAGAGAGUCCUCCUUUUGUUAUAUUCUGUUUUUGAUUUGGACAGCAUCCGCCGGCCCCGUUCCUUGGUUUGUUUUAUCCAUGAAAACCAUUAUUUUCACCAUUUGUGCUAUAAUAAACAACCUUAU